GAGCCAAAAGAAAAUAAAAACUAAAAAAAAAAAGAUGAAAGAUUUCCAUUUUUGUUUUUCUGAUGAGCAAAAGGCCAAGACUUUGCAAAUGGUCUCUCACAGUCACAGACCGUGUUAUAUAAGUUAAAAGCUUGCAGCUUUUGCAACAAUGUCUGCCGUGAACAUAAAGAUAAAGGGUUGAAAACUUGAAAUGGGUCAUUUUCUGACGACGGUGGUGGUGGUGGUGGCGCUGCUUCCGAUCUGGGUUUUGGCUGUGGAGGCCAGUAAGCAUCGGGAAGAGAAGACGACGAAAAGUCUGAGGUUUGGGGGAGAUGGGCAGUUUAAAAUACUGCAAGUGGCGGACAUGCACUACGCCGAUGGGAAAAUGACGCCGUGUGAGGAUGUGCUGCCGUCCCAGGUGGCGGGUUGCUCUGACUUGAAUACCACGGCGUUUGUGAAAAGGAUGAUUCAGGCUGAGAAGCCUGAUUUCAUUGUUUUCACCGGAGAUAACAUAUAUGGGUUUGAUGCUACGGAUGCUGCUAAAUCAAUGGAUGCGGCGUUUGCUCCAGCAAUUGCAUCCAACAUUCCGUGGGCAGCUGUUUUGGGGAACCAUGAUCAGGAAUCUGAUCUCUCGAGGGAAGGGGUAAUGAAGCACAUAGUUGGGUAUAAAAGCACCCUGGCUCAAGUCAAUCCUUCCGAUCAAGAUGUUAUUGAUGGUUUUGGGAACUAUAAUCUGGAGGUAGGUGGGGUUCAGGGUACUGGUUUCGAAAACAAAUCGGUUCUCAACCUCUACUUCCUUGACAGUGGAGAUUACUCGACAGUUCCCUCUAUCCCUGGUUAUGGUUGGAUCAAACCCUCCCAACAAUUCUGGUUCCAACAAACUUCGGCAAAUCUAAAGAAAGCAUACAUGAAAAAGCCACAGGCGCAGAAAACUUCUGCUCCAGGGCUGGCAUACUUUCACAUACCGUUACCAGAAUUUGCUAGUUUUGACUCAUCAAACUCCACCGGAGUGAGGCAAGAAGGCAUUAGCUCUGCCUCUGUGAACUCUGGCUUCUUCACAACCCUGGUUGAAGCAGGCGAUGUGAAGGCUGUUUUCACAGGCCAUGAUCAUGUCAAUGACUUCUGUGGGAAGCUAACUGGCAUAAACCUUUGUUAUGCUGGGGGAUUCGGAUACCAUGCAUAUGGAAAGGCGGGAUGGGAUAGGAGAGCAAGGGUGGUAGCAGCAACCUUAGAGAAAACAAGUACUGGAGGUUGGGGUGCAGUCAAGUCAAUCAAAACAUGGAAGCGCCUCGAUGAUCAGCACCUCAGUACUAUCAACAGUGAGGUUCUCUGGACCAAGAGUUCUGCUGGUGUACGUAGAAAGAAACACAUUGGCGGUCCUUGAGAGUAAUGAGCAUAUACAAGACCAUUUUUGGAAGAUAGCCCGAAAAAGACAUGAGGGAGCCGCGAAACCACGACGAUCUGGGGGAUAUUUUCAUAUGCAUUUAAACAGACAAUGAAUGAAUACG